CGUCAAUUAUAUUAUAGCGCUAGUAUUAUGUAGUAAAUAAUUCUUUUUUUUUUUAUCAAAACCACGAACCAAAAUUAUUAUUAUUUUCAAAGAUAUCUGUUCUCUUUCUUUUUAUAUAUUUUCAAUUGUUUUCUUCCUUUCGUUAGUCUAUCUGCUUAGUCACAAGUCAUCAUUAUAGUAUCUAAUCCUUACUGUUAACGACCCAUACUAACAAACACUCAUUUGAUACGAUGGCUUCUACUCGAUCAAAUGCUAGGAUUAUAAGAUUUGGUAUCUUUGCUUUAAUCUUAAUUGCUUGUGGAUUCAUCUUAACUCAAGGAUCUUCAUUCAAUGCCAAAUCAAAUACUGCCACCCCAAAAGCUGAAAAUGAACAAGCUGAUGUUCCUGCUGCUGAACAAUGGUCUGAAAAGGAUAAAAUUAAAGCUACUUUUGUCUCAUUGGCCAGAAAUAGUGAUUUAUUCGCUCUUUUAGAUUCCAUUAGACAAGUUGAAGAUCGUUUCAAUCGUAAAUUCCAUUAUGAUUGGGUUUUCCUUAAUGAUCAACCUUUUGAUGAUGCUUUUAUUGAAGCUACUACUGCUUUAUGUAGUGGUAAAACCAAAUAUGGUUUAAUUCCAAAGGAAAAUUGGGGUUAUCCAGCUUGGAUUGAUCAAGAAAAAGCUGCUUUAACUAGAGAAAGAAUGAGAGAAGCUAAAAUUAUUUAUGGACAUUCUGAAUCUUAUAGACAUAUGUGUAGAUUUGAAUCAGGAUUCUUUUGGAGACAAGCUGCUAUGGAAGAAUAUGAAUAUUAUUGGAGAGUUGAACCUGAUAUUAAAAUAUUCUGUGAUAUUGAUUAUGAUAUUUUUAAAUGGAUGAAAGAUAAUGGUAAAGAAUAUUCUUUUACUAUUAGUUUACCAGAAUAUAAAGAAACCAUUCCAACUCUUUGGGAAGAAACUCAAAAAUAUAUUGAAGCAAAUCCAAAAGUUUUAGCUGAAAAUAAUUUAUUAGAUUGGAUUUCCGAUGAUAAAGGUAAAACUUAUAAUGGUUGUCAUUUCUGGUCAAAUUUUGAAAUUGCAAGUUUAAAUUUCUGGAGAUCAAAAGAAUAUAGAGAAUAUUUCGAACAUUUAGAUAGAGCAGGUGGUUUCUUUUAUGAACGUUGGGGUGAUGCUCCAGUUCAUUCCAUUGCUGCUGCUUUAUUCUUACCAAGAGAAAAAAUUCAUUUCUUUGAAGAUGUUGGUUAUUAUCAUGUUCCUUUUACUAAUUGUCCUGUUGAUCCUGCUAUUAGAUUUGGAAGAAAUUGUCACUGUAACCCUGAUAAAGAUUUCACUUGGAGAGGUUGGUCUUGUACUACUAAAUAUUAUACUAUUAAUAAUUUAAAGAGACAAAAGAAUUGGGAAAAAUAUACC